CCGCGGUUAGCGGGGAGAGGGUGACUAAAGCCGUGGCGAGUCCCUUCCUUUCGUUCAAUCGCGUCCGGAGCUGGCUGCCCCCGGUUCGGCCAUGGACACUCCUCAAGCAGUUGCUACCACCUCUUUACGGGGCUACUGGUGUGGAUUAAUGGAGGACUGUCUUUAAUGCUGUUCUCUGUUGGGGAAGGACUCCAGUAGGGCUGGCCUUGCCUGUUUCAUCCAAGUGUUUGUUCCCAGUUGGAAUGAGACAAACGGCCAUGUGAAAUGACCAAGAAGCUGGCACUACGAUGUAAUGGAUAGUUGAAGUCAUGGGAAUUAGACCUGCCAGCUGCCUGAACAUUCCUACAGCGGUGCUGUACGGUUCCCUAUCACUCUUUGUCUCCAUUCUGCAUAAUGUAUUUCUCUUGUACUAUGUGGAUACAUUUGUAUCGGUUUACAAAAUCGAUAAAUUAUCCUUCUGGAUUGGUGAGACCAUUUUUCUCCUAUGGAAUAGUCUUAAUGAUCCAUUAUUUGGAUGGCUAAGCGACCGCUCAUUUCUGAGCACACAACAGUCAGGUGAAACAAUUUCCUCUCCUGAAGUAGUGUUGAAGAGACUGAAGGCGUUAAUGCGAAAUGGUCCUCUGUUUGCACUCUCCUUCCUCUCAUUCUGGGUGGCAUGGGCCCAGCCAGGAGUACAAUUUCUCAUCUGCCUCUGUUUGUAUGACGGAUUCCUCACUGUUGUGGACCUCAAUCAUAAUGCCUUACUGGCAGACUUAGCAGUGUCGGAAAAGGACAGGACUAGAUUGAAUUUUUACUGUUCACUUUUUAGUGCCCUUGGGUCCCUGUCUGUGUUUAUGUCCUACGCAGUGUGGAACAAGGAAAACUUUGUCUCAUUUAGACUCUUCUGUGCAGCGAUGGCUGCCUUUUCUAUUUUUGGUUUUAGUAUAUGCACCUGGCUUCUCAGACAACGAUUUCAAUCAGAAGUCAAAGUCAAAUAUGCAGAAGCUUCCACAUUAAAGGAAUUGUACAUCAGUCCAGCACCUCUUGCCCAAGAGCAGACACUGACACUUGCAGAGUAUUUGAAACAAUUAUCCAGACACCAAAACUUUGUUUGGUUUGUGUCCAUGAACUUCGUGCAGGUAUUUCAUUGCCAUUUCAACAGUAAUUUCUUCCCCCUGUUUCUGGAGUAUCUACUUUCAGACAAAAUCUCACUCUCCACAAGUUCCUUUCUCCUAGGUGCUUCGUACAUUGCUCCACAUUUGAACAACCUUUACUUCCUGUCACUAUGCCACAGAUUUGGAGUUUAUGUGGUCAUUCGAUGGUUGUUUUUUCUGAAACUCGUGCUCAGCCUGAUCAUGUUGUUGGCAGGUCCAGAUCAAACCUACCUACUUUGUUUCUUCAUAGCCAGUAACCGAGUGUUCACAGAAGGGACCUGCAAGCUUCUGAACCUGGUCAUCUCGGACCUAGUGGAUGAAGAUUUUGUGAUGAACAAGAGGAAGCAGGCAGCUUCAGCCCUGCUGUUUGGGAUGGUUGCCUUAGUGACGAAACCUGGGCAGACAUUUGCCCCACUAAUUGGCACUUGGCUUUUGUACGUUUAUACAGGCUAUGACAUUUUUCAGCACGAUGCACUACGUGAUAUUGUGAGCACAAAGCCAAUAGUGGAACCAAAUGCAGUCUGGCUGAAGGCUGUCCGCCAAGGAUGCUUCUACCUGUUGGUUUUCAUCCCUAUAACGUGUGGUGUGCUACAGCUUCUAGCCUGGUCUCAGUUCAGCCUCCAUGGUAAACGGCUUCAGACAAUAAAAUCACUGAGACAGAACACAUAUCAGGAGGGCCUGCGGGACGUAAAGGCUGUGUAGGCCACCACUCCCAAUCUACCUGUCUACAAUUAUCCGUCCACAUCUGUCAGGUUUCACCUAAUUCUACUGACUCGUACUUCAGCUCAGGAUGUGGAAACCUUCAGUGGACCAAUAUAUUUUGUUUAUCUGAACUCCAGAUGUCGAUUAUGUAGCAACUAUUGACUAAUAGUAAAUUACACAUGUGCCUAACCAAUAUUUUGUUACUUGGCUUUUGAUUCACUAAAGGACCACACACUGUAUUUGAAGAUUAGGAAAUAUUUUAAUAGCUUACAUAUACAAAGUCAUAAGAUCGGCUAUGUUUAUGAUCUGUUCUUGUGCUGUGAAUUUUAUCCAAAUAGAGUUCCCUGAUUGAUUUUGGAGCCAACCUUUGGUAAAAUUGGUUGCAUAAAAGAUUUGGUAUUGUUAUAAUAUUUGUGUCCUUUGUUAAAUGAUAUUUCAGAAUUUAAUUGUGCUUCGUACGUGAAACUGUGGGAAAACAAACUGUGAUGGUGGGUUAGAUUUUGGCAUCUCACCUAUUGUUUUGUUAAGGUCUACGCAAAUUAUACAUUUCCAACUCUCUGGAAUGAGAAUAAGCAGACUUGCUGAAGGCUUAUUGGGCAUGAACUUAAAGCAUUUAAUUUUUCUCAAAUCCUUAUUGAAUUCAGUGGUUCUGCAGCAGCACAGGGACAAGGUUGGCAACAGAGGCCAGACAUUGGGACAGAACAUCAGAUCCGACUACUUGACCUGGGCCAUACCUACCCAAUAUUGACAUCUGGUGGCAAAGGAGGAAAUACCCUGCAAAGGUACUGAAGAAGCUCUGUGGAUCAGACAGUGUCCUUGAAGAGAAGAAAGUUGACAUUUUGGGUCGAGACCCUGAGUCCUUGCAUAGAUACUGCCUUCCUCAGCUCUUUGUGUGUUGCUCCAGAUUUCCAGUACCCGCAGUCUUGAUCUACAGGAAAUAUACCUAUCUACCAUAUAAAAGUCUUCAAACUUUAUUUCCCCCACCUAGCACUUUUUUAAGAGGUAUUCCUGCUGUGAAUGAAAGUGAUUUCAGAUCAUAUCGAGGCUAGAUACUCCAAAUUCUUGUCUACUCCACUGUGUGCUGCAUCAUCCCUUGCUUCUUCGCAAGAGCUCAUCCUGCUUGUGUUCCAGCUGUGCAGUCAUUCACACCUGGUAUGGGGUACUAAAGUUGGACAACAACACCUGAAAUUAUCUGCACGCCUGUAUGGUGAGACACUUGUAUGAAUCUGACUAACUAAUAAUCCAGUCUCUUAAAUUCACUGCAGUCUCUUAUUCACCCAGACUGAACCUUUUCAUUGGGAAGAAUCUUUCUGUUUGACAAGUGUGCAUCCAAUUUUCAGAGUUGCUGGAAGAACCUUUUUUAAAAUCUGCAGAGGCCAUUUUCUCUAAAUAAAGAUUCCAGAGUGGAGACGUGUGAGAACUCAGAUGCUGGAAUCCGACAUGAUGCAAAGUCACUAGAGGAACUUAGCAGGUCAGUUAGUAUCAAUGGAGGGAAGUGGAUGUGCCUGACGUGCUGAGUCCCUCUAGUGCCAUAUUGAGGCUUCCUUUGCAUACAAAUCCUGCUUCGGAGUUCUUAUUUUGUUUCUAAUCUUGAACCCUCAUCCCUAAGCAGUAUUAAUUUGCACAAUUGAUGAAUGUAUUUUCCACCCCCACCAUUGAGCUGCUCAUUGCCUUCACAAGCCAAGACCUGAACUUUCCAGUCACAUUAACUGAGUCCUCCGGCUCUCUCCAGUACUCCAGGCCCGGUUUUCCGAACUGCAGAGAGAUGUUCCCAGAGGCUACAUCUCACAUGCAGCAGGGUCUGAUCCUGAUGGAUCCCAUUGGGUUCUGAGUUCAGGGGUCAAUCCAGUAUUGUUCAACGAUCCCAGAAUUUAAUAAUGAUGUCUCUGAGCAAGUACUGGGUUACAGCCCAUCUCUGGUAUGAUAGACUCCCUGCUUGUUGAGAAGACAAGUUUGGUGCAUAUGGAAGAAUCAGUAAGAUUGAAAGUAUGUGUGAUCACUUGCUUCCCUCCAGUCUUUUCUUCACUGCAUCUGCCAUAAUUUGAGGAAAUGCUCCAGACACAGGUUAGCACUGCUGUGGGGUCUAUUCUCGAUCGUUUGUGGAGUAUUAUAGGGAAUGGAAAUUAUCAGGAAUCUCUAGUUAUGAUCCACAUGCAUGGACAGGAGGCAGGCUUGAUGGAGAGACUCAGAACCAGGCUGAUUAUUACUGACAUGUUUUCAAAGUUGUUGUGGCAGCAGUGCAGUGCAAUACACAAGACUUAUUAUAAAUUAUGGUAAGAAAUAAAUAUUAAAAUGAAGUAGUGCAAAAUAAUGAGGCAGUGCAUGGGUUGGUUCAUUAUUCAAGAAAUCUGAUGGCAGAGUUGGGGCACAUCCCAAAAAGUAGUCCAUUGGUUCCCCUCCAUCUUUCCUUCUAUAAACCUAUCAGCAGAACACAUUUACCAUUUUAAAAAGCUGUCUCCCAGCAAAUGCUUGAGCUACAGGGUCUGAGUAUUACUAGUCUGUCCUUAUUAAAGGGCUUACUGUCCACUCGUUUGCUCAUUAUGUGCGACAUUGUAUGACAUGGGUGAUCGUGGUCUUUCUAUGACUGAUUGUUCUUGUCAAAUUUUUCUACAGAAGUGGUGUUGCCUUUGGCAGUUUCUGGGCAGUGUCUUUACAAGACUGGUGACAGCAACAAUUAUCAAUACUCUUCAGAGAUUGUGUGCCUGGUGUCAGUAGUGGCAUAACCAGGACGUGAUAUGCACCAGCUGCUCCCAUGGCUUCACAUGGCUCUGAUUGAUGGUGGGAGGAGGGGGCUAAGCUGAUGCUACACUUUGCCCAAGGGCAACAGGCUAGCAGAGGGAAGGACCACAUCAAAGAGUAAAGAGAAAGAUUAGUCUUAUUUGUCACCUGUACAUCAAAGCAGUGAGGUUGGUUUUGGACUGCUACUAGUAUCACCACUCUUCCGGCACCAACGCAAUGUCCACAAAUUACUAACCCUAACUGUUGUCUUUGGAAUGUGGGAGGAAACUGGAGCGCUGAGAGGAAAGGAACAUGGUCAUAGUACAAAGUCCUUGCAGACAGUAGCAGGAGUUAAACCCCUGUAUGAUUUGUUCUGCAACUACUCCUUUGAAGAAAAACCUGCUACAGUUCCAAAAUGUUUUUUUGACACUCUUCCUUGUGAUAAUGUAACUGGUUUUAAUUCCCUCUUAUUGGUUACUCUUGUGCCAAUAGUUUCCUUGGCUUGAAUAAUAGACAGGAAGCUGUCAGGCAUCCAAUGAGAUUUGCCUCAUUAGAACCAUAGUGCCAGUUCUCUAGUAGAAUAUCAGAUGAAACUUCUGACCAAUGGCCUUUGCUGGCUAACCACUCAGCAACAAACAAGAUCCUGACAGAUUACCGGUGGGAAUCUUCCUGGGAGUUUCUUUCUACAGGACAUCCCUGGGGAAUAAAUUGUUUCUGAUUUUGUCCAGAUAUGCUUAAGCUGAUUUUGUCAACAAGUCAAAAAAAUUAGACAGAAAUCACUCUGUGCCUCCACAGUAUUGAAUAGCAUCAGAAAUACAAGACUGAUUUUUAAAAAAACAGUCUUUAAAAUUAGAGAGAAAAUUUGUUCUGUUACUUGUAAGACCAAAUUUGUGUUGAACUUUUCAACAUUGCAGGAGCUGGUUCUUAUGUAAAUGUUAGAGAUUCUGCUGAUGAUGAAAAUCCAACACAUGCUGGAAGAAUUCAGCAUUUAUGGAGUAUAAACAACAUUAGGCUGAGACCCCCACACUCCCAAACCUCAUUCUGGCAUUUCCCCCCACCCCGCCACCUUUCCGGUCCUUAUGAAGGACCAUUGCCUAAAACAUCAACUGUUUAUUCCCCUCCCCAGAAUCUGUUUAACAUGUUCAGUUCCUCUAGCAUUUUGUGUGUGUUUCUCUAGUUCAUAUGUAUGGUGUCUGUAAGUGAGGUGUUCAUAAGCCAGCGAUGGUCUUUAAUUGUCUUUGAGGUAGAGUCCAAUCUCACUUUCACACCAAAUGACAGGAGAAAGGCUGAUCACAGGUUAUUGAGUCUACUUUUGCAGCACAAGUAUCCUGUGCCAGUUUAAAUGUUACAGUUAUGCCGUCAGUCCAAAAUUGGUCUCUGAUCUGGUCCGGGAGUAAAGCAUCUAAGAACAACUCCUGUCUUUCACACCUAAAGAGAACUAAAGAAUUGCAGCUGCAUUCUCUUUCCUGAUCCUUCCCAUGGUUUGACAGAAAUACUGAGUUCAAGGUUUUUACAGAGGAACCUUGUGAAAGUAGUCCAGAUGUAUUCCUAUCAUUUUCUGUUCCCAGAAUAUUUAAUUAUCCAAGUGUUGAGAAGUAUUAAUCAUGAUGGAUUGAGCCAUUAAGUUCAAUGUUUAAUUUAAGUAUUUUAAAAAUCUUUUGAGUUGCAUAUAACAAGUAGCAAAAUAAAGGCUUGUUUGUUUUAAACCAA